UUACUCUCAACCCACCAUGAUCUUAUAUAACUCUUUUUCCUCUAUACUCUUCCUUCUAUCUUCUUUCUAACCAACUUUGGCCUUUUGUGCCAUGGCUUCAAACACCAUGGCUGGUUUGAUCACUGGCUCCAAUUCUCAUUUUUCUCAUGACUCUGAUGAGCAUAAGGCUCCUACGGGCCGUCAAUCUUCAUUGAAAACAUGUCGAGUUUGUGGCGAUGAGAUUGGAUAUAAGGAAAAUGGAGAGCUUUUUGUGGCUUGUCAUGUGUGUGGAUUUCCUGUUUGUAAACCUUGUUAUGAGUAUGAGAGGAGUGAAGGGAAUCAAUGUUGUCCUCAAUGCAACACUCGCUAUAAGCGCCAUAAAGGUUGUCCAAGAGUGGUUGGAGAUGAAGAAGAGAACCUUGAUGGAGAUGAUUUUGAAGAUGAGUUUCCGAUUAAGAAUCACUACGAUGAACUAGACCAGCAUCGCGAUGUUAAUCAUCUGGUAAUUUCUUUUAAUGAUAUGAAAGCAUACUCAUGAAUGUGAAAUCAACUUGAAACAUUUGAACUAUCAGGAAGUGUUGGUGGCAAGGAUUUGGAAGGGGAGAAAGAAUUCUACAGCAAUGCAGAAUGGAAAGAAAGAGUAGAGAAAUGGAAAGUAAGGCAAGAAAAGAGAGGUCUACUAAACAAAGAGGACGGUAAAGAAGAUCAAGGUGAAGAAGAAGAUGAGUACCUUAUGGCUGAAGCAAGACAACCAUUAUGGCGCAAAGUUCCAAUACCAUCAAGCCUAAUCAAUCCAUACCGCAUAGUAAUUGUGAUGAGACUAGUUAUCCUAGCUUUCUUCUUCCGUUUCCGUAUCUUAACACCAGCAUAUGAUGCAUACCCUUUAUGGCUUAUAUCAGUUAUCUGUGAGAUAUGGUUUGCACUGUCAUGGAUACUUGAUCAGUUUCCAAAAUGGUUCCCAAUAACACGUGAAACUUACUUAGACCGUUUAUCUAUAAGAUUUGAACGUGAAGGUGAACCAAACCAACUUGCAAAUGUGGAUGUUUUUGUCAGUACUGUUGACCCUUUGAAGGAGCCACCUAUUAUAACAGCAAACACUGUUCUGUCAAUACUUUCUGUUGACUACCCUGUUGAGAAGGUUUCAUGCUAUGUGUCAGAUGAUGGUGCUUCUAUGCUUUUGUUUGAUUCUUUGGCUGAAACUUCUGAGUUUGCAAGAAGGUGGGUUCCUUUUUGCAAAAAGUAUAGUAUAGAGCCAAGGGCACCUGAGUAUUAUUUUUCUGAGAAGAUUGAUUACUUGAAGGAUAAGGUGCAGCCUACAUUUGUUAAGGAAAGAAGGGCUAUGAAGAGAGAAUAUGAAGAAUUUAAAGUGAAAAUUAAUGCUUUGGUAGCAAAGGCUCUGAAGAAACCCGAGGAAGGGUGGGUUAUGCAGGAUGGAACUCCAUGGCCUGGGAACAACACUCGUGAUCAUCCAGGAAUGAUUCAGGUAUACUUAGGAAGUGCUGGUGCACUAGACGUGGAAGGCAAGGAACUGCCAAAACUUGUGUAUAUUUCGCGUGAAAAACGUCCUGGUUAUCCGCAUCACAAGAAAGCUGGUGCCAUGAAUGCUUUGGUUCGAGUUUCUGCUGUGCUUACAAAUGCACCAUUCAUGUUGAAUCUUGAUUGUGAUCACUACAUUAACAAUAGCAAGGCUAUUAGAGAGGCCAUGUGCUUCCUAAUGGAUCCUCAGCUAGGGAAGAAACUAUGCUAUGUCCAAUUUCCUCAAAGAUUUGAUGGUAUCGAUCGCCACGAUCGAUAUGCUAAUCGCAACACUGUAUUCUUUGAUAUCAAUAUGAAAGGGCUUGAUGGAAUUCAAGGUCCAGUAUAUGUCGGUACUGGAACUGUGUUCAACAGACAAGCAUUAUAUGGCUAUGAUCCACCAGUUUCAGAGAAAAGGCCAAAGAUGACAUGUGAUUGUUGGCCAAAAUGGUGUUGCUUUUGCUGUGGUGGAAGGAAAUCCAAGUCAAAAAAGAAGUCAGGAACAGCAGGAAGAGGAGGAAUCUUUAGUAGAUUGUACAAGAAGAAAAAAAUGAUGGGGAAAGAUUAUGUUAGAAAAGGAUCAGGUUCCAUGUUUGAUCUUGAAGAGAUUGAAGAAGGACUUGAAGGGUAUGAGGAGCUAGAGAAAUCAUCACUCAUGUCACAGAAAAACUUUGAAAAGCGGUUCGGACAGUCGCCGGUUUUCAUUGCUUCCACUUUGAUGGAAAAUGGAGGACUUCCUGAAGGCACAAAUACACAAUCAUUGGUUAAGGAAGCCAUUCAUAACAUAAGUUGUGGAUAUGAAGAGAAGACAGAAUGGGGAAAAGAGAUUGGAUGGAUUUAUGGGUCAGUGACAGAAGAUAUCUUGACCGGAUUUAAGAUGCAUUGUAGAGGAUGGAAAUCAGUAUAUUGUAUGCCAAAGAGACCAGCUUUCAAGGGAUCUGCACCAAUCAAUCUAUCAGAUAGGUUGCACCAAGUUCUUAGAUGGGCUCUUGGUUCUGUUGAGAUUUUCCUUAGUCGCCAUUGUCCAUUGUGGUAUGGUUAUGGUGGAAAACUCAAGUAUCUAGAGAGAAUGGCUUAUACUAAUACCAUUGUUUAUCCAUUCACUUCAAUCCCUCUAAUUGCAUACUGCACAAUUCCAGCUGUGUGUCUCCUUACUGGAAAAUUCAUCAUUCCCACUUUGACCAACCUUGCUAGUGUUUGGUUUAUGGCACUAUUUAUCUCCAUCAUUUUAACCGGUGUGCUCGAGCUUCGAUGGAGUGGAGUCGCCAUUGAAGACUGGUGGAGAAAUGAGCAAUUUUGGGUGAUUGGAGGUGUUUCAGCACAUCUUUUUGCAGUGUUUCAAGGUCUCCUUAAAGUUCUAGCUGGUGUAGACACAAACUUCACUGUCACAGCAAAAGCAGCAGAUGAUGCUGAAUUUGGUGAUUUGUAUCUCUUCAAAUGGACUACACUUCUCAUUCCACCAACAACUCUUAUAAUCUUAAACAUUGUUGGAGUUGUUGCUGGUGUCUCUGAUGCAAUUAACAAUGGAUAUGGCUCUUGGGGACCUUUAUUUGGGAAACUAUUCUUUGCAUUUUGGGUCAUUGUUCAUUUAUAUCCUUUCCUUAAAGGUCUCAUGGGAAAACAAAACAGGACACCUACAAUUGUUGUGUUAUGGUCAAUUCUUUUAGCAUCAAUUUUCUCAUUGAUUUGGGUUAGGAUUGAUCCUUUCUUGCCUAAACAAAAUGGUCCUAUACUCAAACAAUGUGGAGUAGAAUGCUAAGACUUUGGAGAGAAGCAUGUUGAUGUUGUUCUUAUGAAUUUAUUUGAUGAUCUGUAAUGAAACUUUUGCAUGUUUUUUCAUUUUCUCAAUGCUAUUAUUGAGUGUUGUUUGUAUUUCAAACAAGAGUUUAUACAUUUUGUAUAUAGGGUUAAAGGAGAAAUUUGAGUAUGAUUGGAAUAUGUUCAUCUCAAGAAGAUACAACUAGAUCAUAAUUGAAGUCAUUCUUGCUUUUUGGAAAUAACAUAUUCGGAGGUUUGGCUCUGCUUGAUUAUUUUGUAAUCUAAUGGAACUUGAUUCUUGAGAA